GCCUUGAAACCACGUCUACUUCCGCCGGGGUCAGACUACGACGUGCUGUCAGACCCUAGGAUCUGCACACAUCAACAAGGGAAUAAACCAUUUCUCUCCAUAGCACCUCGUCUGUUUAAAUACCUCCACUGCUCGCUACCACCUACCAGAAUGAAUGUGGGUGUGGCACACAGUGAGGUGAACCCAAACACUCGAGUGAUGAACAGUCGAGGGAUCUGGCUGACAUAUGCGCUUGGUGUUGGAAUACUUCACAUUGUGCUCUUGAGCAUACCCUUCUUCAGUGUGCCAGUGGUCUGGACUCUAACUAAUGUCAUUCACAACUUUGGAAUGUAUGUGUUUAUGCAUGCGGUGAAGGGCACACCUUUUGAGACCCCGGACCAAGGAAAAGCCAGACUUCUUACACAUUGGGAACAGCUCGACUACGGCGUGCAGUUCACCUCAUCUAGAAAGUUCUUCACCAUCUCUCCAAUCAUUCUAUACUUCCUGGCAAGUUUCUACACAAAGUAUGACACGACACACUUUGUGAUAAACACUGCCUCACUUUUGAGCGUCCUGAUUCCCAAGCUGCCACAACUACACGGAGUGAGAAUUUUCGGCAUCAAUAAGUAUUAAGAUAUUGUAAAUGCUGUGCCUCAUAGCAACCGAAGUUAAUUCCUAUGUAGUCUGUACCGCCGAUGUGUGUACUAAGUCGUACAGUUUGUGUAAACGUCACUGUCGUCGUUAGAUUUAUCAGGUUGCAGAUGAAAUGUUUAAAAAAAACAGGAGUAUGUUUGUAGAUGACAGGAUGCCAUAUGCAUUACUAACUUAUGUGAAUAUUUAAUGAUGUAUUUUUGGCCUGCAUAGACCUGGGCUGGCCCAGGCAUCAGUGAGGCUUUUGGUUGAGUUUGUUUUUUUUUUCUUUGCCCUCAGUUGACAUGGUGUGAGUCUGUUUGUAGCCACAAAGAUGUCCCAAAUGUAUUUUUCAAAGAUGUUUACUUCCUAAGGGUAGGAGCCUGUGGCUCGUUUAUUGGUACACUCUCAUUUUGUAAUGGGCGUCAAACUUGUUCAUGCUAAGUGAAGAAUGGAAUCAUACUCUUUAUUUGCAUGGUUUGUGAAUCAUUCCUCACUUGUAACUCAAUCAAAACAGGGCAAUGUUUUUUUUUUCAUUGUACAGUUCUUUUGUGUGAAUUUUAUGUCCUGUAUGUAGAAACGAGACAAAUUAUUGUUGUCAGGUAAAGUGUUUAGUGAGGAAGGUCUACAGUGUCUUUGUGACAAGUUUCACAUAUGUAGCUGCUCUCUUCGGAUUAUGACUUUUUGCUAUCAUUAAAGCAGCUAGUUCUGCUUUGUUUGGCCAUAGCUCACAGUACUCAUGAUAUUUCUUGUUCUUAAUCUUAUUAAAAUCUUUGUGCCCUCCAAA